AUGGCCCUGAAAAUCUUGAAGGCGCACAAAUACUUUGAGCAAGCAGGGAUUCUGGAAGCUGAGGUGGUAGAGUGGGAGCAAUUUUCUAUUAAACAAAUCUACUUGAAGCUUAGAGGGGACUUUCCUAAAGUAUCCUGGCGGCGACUAACGUGUAAUAAUAGUGGAGCUCCCCGAUGGAUAUUCAUACUAUACUUGUCUAUAUGUGGAAGAUUGUUGACUAAAGAUCGGCUUGCUAAAUGGGGUUGUAUAGAUGAUGUUCAAUGUCCACUGUGUGAAGCUCAUGAUGAAGGAUGUGAGCAUUUGUUCUUCACUUGUAAUUUCUCAAAACAGAUCUGGACUAGUUUACUAAAACGACAAGGAAUUGCAAGGCAGGCCAUGAACUGGCAACAGGAAAUACAGUGGGCAUUAACACAUGCUCGAGGAAGGAGUACAAAUGCUGAGAUUUAUCGGAUGACGCUAGCUGGGAGCAUAUACCAUAUAUGGAAAGAGAGGAACACCAGAGUAUUUCAAGGAAAACGACGAGUAGCUGCAAUUGUGGUGCGGCAAAUUGUCCAAGAAGUGCACUGUUGA